CAAGAGGAAUCAUGAUUAACCCUUCCCUCCCCCUGUUUCUGCUAACGGCGCCGGUGGCGGCAGCAGGCAGGGGAGAAACCUCACUUUGGCAGAGAGAGAGAGAGAGAGCUGCCAGUCUUUGUGAUGCGGGGGAGUGGGGAGAGGAGAAGUACUGGGGAGAAACAGGUCGGCCCAGGCGGUGGAGGGAGAAUUUUUGUGUGUGGAGAACAUUUCGGAUCAGCAAAUAAAUCGGGCAGAAUCUGUGCAGACUUUUGCAGGGCGCGUGCAAUGCAGCGAGCCGGUAACCAAGUACAGAACAACAAAGAAGAAAACUAUCAACUAGAAAGGUGUGAGCAAGCAAACUCUGAUAGAUUAGCAUCCACAAAAGACAAAAGAAGAUGUCCUGGGGCAGAAGAGAUGCCAGGAAAUUUGCAGGGCCAAGAGGAACAUCCCGAGAAGGCGACAGAAGAAGCUCUUCUUCCCAAAGAAGGUGAUAGCAGCUUAAAUGAAAGUACCUUCCAAGAGGAACUUCUCGGGAGUAAGGGAGACAGCACAGGUGCUGACUGUGGGGAGGCCAGUGACGUGCCAGCAGAGGGAAACCCAUAUCAAGGCUCACAUUAUUGGGAAACAUUUUCCCAGAGACUCCACUUCAUUGCACAUGAGAAAAUCUACACUGGAGAUAAACCAUACAAAUGCGCUGAUUGUGGGAAAAGAUUUAGCAAUAGUUAUGCUUUUGUCGAUCAUAUAAGGGUGCAUACAGCAGAGAAACCAUAUAUGCUUUCUGACUGCAGCCAAAGCUUCAAUUUGAAAUCCAAACUUACUGCCCACGAGAGAAUCCACACAGCAGAAAACCCGUAUGGAUGCUCCGAAUGCGGGAAGAUCUUCAGUAAUAAGUCCCACCUGGUGACGCACGCAAGGACCCACACUGGAGAGAAACCAUAUCAAUGCACCGACUGUGGGAAGAGCUUUAGCCAAAAAGGAAACCUUGUUUCUCAUAUGCGGAGUCACACUGGGGAGAAGCCCUACAAAUGCUCCCAGUGCGGCAAAGGUUUUUCUCACGGCACUUCUCUGAUGAUGCACGUGAGAACCCACACAGGAGAAAAGCCAUACAGGUGCUCUGUCUGUGGCAAAAGCUUUGUUAAUAAGGGAAACCUGGUCUCGCAUGUGCGAACCCACACAGGAGAAAAACCGUAUGAAUGCACCGAUUGUGGGAAGAGCUUUAGCACCAGCUUUCAGUUGAUAGAACAUAAGCGCCUACACACAGGGGAGAAACCAUAUACAUGCUUUGACUGUGGCCAAAGAUUCAAUUCAAAAUCCAACCUUACUACACAUAAGAGAACCCACACUGGGGAGAAACCUUACGAAUGUUCCGAGUGUGGGAAAAGCUUCAAUACUAGCUCUCUGCUUGCCAGUCAUAAGUGGGUUCAUACUGGAGAAAAACCAUACAAAUGCUCAGGCUGUGGGAAAAGCUUCUGUCAGAAAGGGACCCUUGUUUCACACAUGAGAAUCCACACCGGGGAGAAACCGUAUCAGUGCUCUGAGUGCGACAAAAGCUUCAUUGAUAAAAAGUCCCUUGUUAAACACAAAAGAACCCACACAGGGGAGAAAGCCUUUGAAUGACUGGAUGGGGGACAAAGUUUCAGGUACAGCCCAGUGCUUGCAUAGUGCAUCAGAAUGUACAUAGGAAAUCUUUGGGCUGUGAGAAAAGAUGCCAUUCUCACAACACGUUCUUUGUACACAGAAGAUUCACACAGGGAUGCAAAUUGUAAAGAUAGUUGGAUUAUAUGCAAGGACAGAAGCCUAUUACACUGUUGGAAAUGGGAAAAUCUUGGAUUGGAGCUUUGAUGGUUGAGGACUGCAUAGUGCUUAUGUCUAGAAAGAUCCACACCAUAGUCAGAGAGGUCAUUCAUACAAUCGAAAACUGUGUUCUCUUCAGGUUUGGGAGCUGUGUGUGCUCCCAAUUUUUGGUUGUGUGGAAGCAAGGUAGGAGGAAAACCUGGGUAGAAGUGAUUGUGUGGAAGCAAAGUAGGAGGAAAAGCUACCCAGGUUUUCCUCUGCCUUGUCUUUGGACCAGAUGUUCCAUGCCAGCUUCUAGCACACUAGUGGUCAGAAUAUUUGAUGAAGCCCAAACUAGAUUUUACACGAAAGGUGCACCCAGUGUCAAAACAGCGGCUAUACACUCCCCUGUCUAUUAGGACUUGCCCAUCUUCUGAAGUGCCACCUUUCUACAGGUGGCAGCAGAAUCAUGCGGCAAGUAUGGUUGCCAUGAAACACCUGUUCUUGAAGCAUGCAUGGGAGCCCGACGUCCAGUGUCGGGAGGACUAUGCCAACAUUGGGUAUAUCAUCGGAACCCUCCAAUGGCUGCAUAUUCUACCCUACUUAUGUUUUUGAACUCAACAUCUGUAACCUACAUAUGAAGCUCCUCAUGAUAAGGAUCAAGGAAAGCCAGAAUAUGAUGAUGACACCACACAAGGCAUGUCCCAUUACAUGUAAGAGGAGAGGAGACAGGAGCUAGCUGUUUCAUUGCUGUUUCCAGCAUCGUUCAAGAUGAUGAUGUCUCGUUUUUCAUCCGAAAGGUGCUUUGAUUCAUUCAUCUUUUUCUUUUUUUAAAGACAAUGUUGGAAACAUCGGGUGAGUCAGAGGCAUGAACGGUUCUGAAAUGUAAUGACGACAGGCCUUUGAAAUGUUUCUUCAGCAGCUUUUGCGCAUGGUUGGUGCCCAAGAUUGGGAAGGCGUCUCUUCAACAGAACAUUGCUCAUACUUAAGAAUCCUCUCUAAUAAAACGCUUGGUGUCCGUCCGUGGACGGCCACCAAGCGUGUGUUCGUGCCUCCCUGCCCUGUUCUGCGCCUGCGCAAAGCGCAGGCCCAGAACAGGGCAAGGGAGACACGACCGCCAGCACCCGGCGGACAUCUUGGACAGCCACAAGCGGCCGCCCUGAAGAAGCCGGAGAAGCGCCAGCGGGGAAAACUGGCCGAGGCGGCGGCAGAGCCGCCACCUCGCCCAGAAGAGACAGCAACCAAGCUGGGGAGACGGGGGACAGAAUGGAGGCCAACGGAGGCCGGCGGGACAGAGCCGACCGUGAAGGGCCCGGGCCGGCCGCGGAGGAUGGCAGCGGCGCCUCCAGAGACCGCCCGGCCGGUGAUUGAGGGGGGAAGAGGCGGCAGGGGAAGC